AGACAGGAAAAGAGCACUUGAAUUCCAACUAAGAUAAUCCCCCUCAUCUGCAUGACUAUACCAAUUCCAGCAUUGCAUGACUGAACCACAAGCACACAUCAUCAUUCUAAAGAUUCUGCCCCAAAUUCCUUUAAUCCUCUAUAUAUAGACUUCUAAACUCAACUCAAAUGUCAAUCACAUCCAAGCAAUUAACUUUGAUCAAUUCUCAUCUCUUGUGACUCUUCUCUGUCACUCACAUACCUCACUUAGCUGUUAGCAAACAUGGGUGUUCCUGAAUUGAUGUUCAGGGUAUCUUUUAUGGCUGUGCUCAUCAAAUUGGCCUCGGCUACAAAUUACAUUGUUGGAGGACCAAGUGGUGGGUGGGACACAAACUCAAACCUUCAAUCAUGGGCAUCUUCCCAAAUAUUUUCAGUGGGAGACAGUCUUGUUUUCCAGUACCCGCCAAACCAUGAUGUGGUUGAAGUUACAAAGGCAGAUUAUGACUCUUGCCAGCCAACUAACCCAAUUCAGUCUUACAAUGAUGGCGCCACAACCAUCCCUCUCACUUUACCGGGGAAAAGAUACUUCAUCUGUGGGACAAUAGGACAUUGCAGCCAAGGAAUGAAGGUUGAAAUAGACACUCUUGCCAGUGCAACAAAUUCUGUCACACCAGCAGCAUCUCCUGAAGAUUCUACUACUUCACCUGCAGAAUCUCCUGAAGUCAUUAUCUCCUCAUCCCCAAGUCCAUUGUUCCAGACACAUCUAGAAAGUCCUACAUUCUCUCCAGUCAUUCCUUCCACUGAAUUUCCUGCUUCUACUUCACCUCUAGCACAACAUUCAUCAGACUUGUCAGCUUCAUCAACCAGUAAAGGAAAUCUACAAGCCUAUGUCGCAGUAGUGUUAAGCUUUCUAAUCAUGCUUAUGUCCUUCUAAGGAUGGGAAAAAUCUCACUCAACCGUUGCUUCUAAGUUUAUUACAUGUGAAAAUUUAUUUUGCUGCUCUCUUUCUCAGUUUGUUGUGGUUAUUGCUUACAACUUCGGACUUCGAAGAUAUAUAAUUUCUAUGAGCAUGUAUUAUUAUUCAAUGAUAUUUGAUUUUAGACCCUAUUACUGAAA